AUGAAUCAAAUAAGCUUGAGACAUAAACCUUCAAUGGCCUCAAUCGACCAGAUCUUUCUCAAUUUGUUAUCAUUGAAGUCAAUUGAAUCUGACUGUAGGCAAGUUUUGCUUCGAAAUAAGACAAGUUUCACCGACCAACUGUCGGACCAAAUGUUUAUCGAGUCCUAUUUCAGGAAAAACAUUAAUCGUAAAUAUUAUAAAACAAUUUUGCAGCAAAUUGUACAGAAGUUUAAAGCUUGGGCCCAAAGUAUAUUAGGAAAGAGGGAGGGAGGAAAAUUCGAAUUCGACCAAGGUUUCGCCGAGUGUGAUAUCUUCGAGCAGGAAUUUAGUGAGCUUGACGGAGAAGAAUUUGACCUUGACAAUGUUUUACUGUGA